AUGUCCCGCCCAGCACUCAAAGAUCGCACAAACCUCACUUCACCUUCGUCCCUCACUGCCUACUUCAACCGCACAGGCAGGGAGAACUCGCCUCCUUCCCUUCCAAAGCGAGGGGUCAAAAGGGGUCGCGAUCCACGCUCGUCCGAUGUGGAAUGGGAACUUUCGAGUCCUUGCAAGAGUAGUCCCUUGAAGGAUGAACUCAAGCGCUCUGGGGAUGUGGACGAGGAUGUGGAUGUGGAUAUGCUAGACGAGGUCAAGCCCCGCAGAAUGGAACGACGCCCAGCACCAGCCUGGCCAAGUCUCAUAACCGAUUUCCGGCAUCAAGCGCGUGUACGCCCAUACACCCUAUCCCUCCAACCCCAUCUCCACUCUUUCCGCUCCUCGAACCACACCGACGUAUUCCGUUUCCCCUCCCCUCUCCCCCAACGAGAAACAAGCAUCCCCUUCUCCCUCCAGUUCCUCCAUUCCCGGCCUCUCCUAGCCAUAGGCACCGAAGAAGGGCGCGUGCUGCUGGUAGAUACCCAAAAGAGGAGGAAAUGGGAUCCCCAACCACAGUAUACGACGCUCACCCCGCAUGAGAACGCUGUUUUCGCACUCGCCUUCUCGGAGGACGAUUCCCUGCUCGCAACAGGCUCCGGAGACAGGAACUGCGUGAUCACCGACCUCGCUUCGCAGAGUCCAAUCACAACGCUGGAAGGUCAUACAGGGAGCUUGAGACGCGUCACCUGGGACCCGGAAAACCCUCGCCUGCUGGGUACGGCAGCAAGAGACGGCUCCUUCCGGAUCUGGGACGUCCGGCUGGCCAGCACGCACGCGUGUAUCCUCCACGUCCCUGAUGCGCAUUCCCCUCCAGUGCCGGGCAAGCACAUGCGGAAAGGGCGUAAGCCAGCUCCUCGAGCGAGUGUUACAGGGCUAGAGUACGCUGGGGAGUGUAGGGUUAUCACGAGCGGGAGUGGGGAUGGGAUACUCAAACUCUGGGACACCCGUUCCCCCCUCUUACCCAUCGCCCACUCCCCCCCUUCCCCCCGUGGCAUCCUAGCACUCACACUCACCCCCUCCCCCUCCUCCUCCUCCUCCUGCUCCGUGCUCGCGCUGUCCGCUUCCUCCCAUAUCAGGGCGUACGACCCUCUCACGCUUGGGCUGUCAGGGGUUGUAGCGCAGGCAGAGGGGGAGGGACGGUUCAAGCCUGGAAGCUUUUAUGUCCGUAUGCAGCCGGCGCCUGGGGGUGGGGCGCUGGCUGUGGGGAGCGCGGGAGGGGGGGUGAUGCUCUUCCCCCUCUCCUCUCCCCUCCCUUCCACUUCCCGAGGAUCCCCAACUCCAACUCCAGCUCCCUCAGGCGUAUUCCUGCAAGGACAUGACCCCCUCAAAGAAGUGGCUCUCGUCGCUUGGCUAGACGGGGAUACACUUGCGACGGGGGGUGAUGAUGGGCUUGUAAGGAUUUGGAGAGGGGGGCCUGGGCUGGCUGAAGAUGAAGAGGGGGAGGGGGAGGGGUGGUGGGGCGUUAGGGCUGAGUAA